ACCUGGAUCAAAAGGAAAUGGAGGAGGAGGCUGAAGUUGAUGAGGCAUCAGAGAAGGACGAGAAUUUGAAGACUAAGAAGAAGAAGACGGAGAAUGAAAAGGAAAAUGAGAGCCACAAAGUUAGCAAUGGCAAGAAUGAUGUUGAAGAUGAGUUGGUUGAUGAAGCUGAAUAUUAUGCAUGGAAUGAAUUAAGGCUCCAUCCUCUGCUCAUGAAAUCAGUAUACAGGCUUGGGAUCAAGGAACCAAUUCCAAUACAGAAAGCUUGUAUUCCUGCAGCUGCUCAUCAAGGGAAGGUUGGUUAAGCUUA